AUGGGAGGAGUGCCAGCCAGUGCCUGUCUCGUGGCACUCGCUUCCAUCACACUCGCAGCCGUCGACAGAAGAUUUCCCAGCACGGGGAAGGAGUGGACGCCGGAAUCUCUCAUCAACCCAGAGGAGCUCGGUGACGCCUUUGAGGGAGAUAUAGUGCUGCCCUUGCCGCCCCAGACUAGGAAUGGCUUGAUAGACGAGACUUUCCACUGGCCGGGGGGACGAGUGCCCUAUACCAUCGACUCCACCUUCUUAAUAGUCAAGGGUAUCACGGUAAUCAUUAAACUACUAGUAAACACUCAGUCUCUAUUCACACCACGUAACAACCAAGGAUGCUACAGUAGCAUCGGGAGGCAAGGCGGCAUGCAGGUGAUUAAUUACGCCCAGUGGUGCCUCAACAAACACGGCUCGGUGCUCCACGAGAUGCUCCACGCUCUGGGCUUCCACCACGAGCAGUCCCGCUACGACAGGGACAACUACGUGACCAUCUUGUGGGACAACAUUAAGAUAAAAGCCAAGGCAAACUUCAAAAAAUAUUCAGACGUGGUGGUGAGCGGCUUCCGUGAGGAAUACAACUACGCCUCCGUCAUGCACUACUCCUCCUUCGCCUUCACCAAGAACAAGAAGAAGACCAUCGUGACCAAGAAACUGAUGAGGAUGUACAAAUGUUGA